AUGGCCGACUCUUCUACUACAGCUGCCAAGCCAUCAGGUGUAACUCCUACGACUGCUGUUCCAGAAGGCCCGUCUCGUACUGAGAGUUCGUCAUCUCCAAAACCUAAUCUCCCAGCCUCAAAUCCCAAUCCUCUUCCGGAGUCUCCGGAAUACACAGCUUCGGAUUCUAUUUACCCUCCACCUGCCGAGCCAGCGUCUCGCCCCGCUGCUCCAACCUCUACAAUCAAUAACUUAACAGAACUGCCACCUUCUGUCGCAGCCACGGAUACACUUGAAUCUUUGGACGACGGCACCACUCCCACAGCCACUACCACUACAACUGUAAAUCUCACUGACCCACCAGCUCCACAGCCAGGCGCUGUCCCAACUCCGAUUUCUACAACCACCACUCAAUCUCCUCAGUCUCCAGCCAAUCCACAGCCAGGUGGUGUUCCCAGAUUUCCAAUCCAAACUCCACCCGCAUACCCAACUGCUACACCAGAAUCUGGAACAUCUUUUGACAUGCCUCCUACUGCUCCUCCAGUACAGACGACAUACGGUCCACCAGAAGUGACCAUGCGUGGCCAACCAAUCCCGUCAUACACGGCUACUGCGACAUCAACAUCCUACAGUAGUUAUCCCAGUGCUAUCCGACGAAGUAGUGAAAUCGCGCCUAUGCCAGGUGGAUACCAACAACGUCUAAACACCGAUCAUUACGUUCCUCCAAGUCAGGAACCACCCAGAGAAGAAGGAAUUCUCGGGAAGGUGUCGAAGGCAGUAGAUAAAUUUAAUGAAUGGAUGGUUGGAGAAGCCAAAUAG